AUGACACCUCCAGUGUUUGCUUUGUAUGCGACGUGUCUGCUCUGUCUGGGGAGAAUAGCUGAUACGACAGCAAGUAAAUUAUCAUCAUCUCUACAUUUCGUAUCAGUGAAUGUUGGUGAAAAAGUGACUCUUGAGUGUUUCUAUAAAGAGUCUGUCACUGCAGUGAUGUUUUACUGGUAUAAACAGACUCUGGGAGAGAAACCAAGGCUGGUUUCUAAGUUCUACAAGCAUGAGAAAAACGGCAUCCUGCAGGAUGACUUUAAGAACAAUUCACGUUUUGAACUGGAAUCUACCACUGGUAAAAAUCAUUUAAAGAUCUCAGAUGUGCAAAUGUCAGACUCAGCUACUUACUACUGCGUGAGUAGCUUUUCUUACGUGUAUGAAUUUUUGGAGAGCAUUACUGUCACUGUAAAGGGUUCAGGAUUGAACAGCCAAUCUUGGAUCCGUCAGUCAGCAUUUGAGACCAUCCAGCCAGGAGGCUCUGUGACUCUCAACUGUACAGUACACACUGGGACCUGUGAUGGAGAACACAGUGUUUACUGGUUCAAAGACUCUGAAGAAUCUCAUCCAGGACUCAUUUACACUCAUGGAGACAGGAAUGAUCAGUGUGAGAGGAAUCCUGAGACACAAACACAAACCUGUGUCUACAACUUGCAGAUGCGGAGCCUGAAUCUUUCUCAUGCUGGGACCUACUACUGUGCUGUUGCCUCAUGUGGACACAUACUGUUUGGAAACGGGACCAAGCUGGAGUUUGAGGAUGAGGUGGAGUCUGUUGUCUUGGUGUAUUUGUUGAGUGGAGCUUUGGCGUUCAACGCAAUCCUGGUUGUUGUCCUGGCUUACAUGGCAUAUAAAAUGUACAAGGCAAACAGCCACCAAUGCACAGACUCUCAGGCAAGAUCUGCAGCUGCCCGAGCUCCGAGUACAGAGGGUCACCGAGAUGCAGACGACCUCCACUAUGCUGCUCUAAGGGAGCACAAGGCCAGCAGCUCAAGAAGAAAGAGAGAUGACACCAUGAGUGAAUGUGUUUACUCCGCUGUGAAGCAGUAGAGCUGGACAUGUUCCACCUCCAGCUUUCACCACUGAAUGUGAAGCUUUGCCUUUGCAAAAAAAACAUAUACCUUCAGCUUCAGUUAAGCCAAGUUCCCUUGAUGUGACCUGUGCUUUCAGAGGUGUCAUGUUUCCACUCUCGCUAUACCUGUCAUUUACAAUGUACGAACACAUAACCACACUGAUCACUGUGGUGCUUGUUGGGUCAGA